AUGGAUCCCGGAAGGCAAGCAAUGAUCAACGGCUGGAAGCCGCCGACAAAGAACAGAGACCGCGACGUCACAGCUCCGCGCUACGACACGUCGAAUCGAAUCGCGAAGCCGUCCCGACCACCACCCGCGAAGGCCAACACGGCAGCAGCCGCCGCUGCCGGCAGGUAUCUCACGCAAGACCAACAAUCCGAACAAUUCAUUGCCGACGAAGACAAGUUCGUGUUAAAGCAGGCCAAAAAGAAGGCCGACAUCCGAGUGCGGGAGCAGCGCGCCCAGCCCAUCGACUACCUCGCUUUCGGUUUGCGCUUCAUCGAUUCCGAUCGCGACAGCUUCGACGACGACGAUGGAGACGCACACAUCCGGAUUCCCGCGCCUAUGGCCGUUCUCCAAGGCCUCAACGCUGCCGAGCUACAAGAGCUCGAGGAGGACAUCCGGUCGUACGACACGCUAGAACACAACGACCGCAACAAAGAGUAUUGGUCAGCGCUGCUCUCUCUCUGCAUAGACCGGCGCCAGAAAUUGAAACCACAAGGGCCAGAAGGGCGGGCCGUGACCUCGGUGGCAUCUGAUGUCGACCGCAUUCUGAGUCCCAAGACACUCGAGCAACUCGAGGCAUUGGAGAAGCAGAUCAAGGCAAAACUUCGGUCCAACGAGCCGAUCGAUACCGAUUACUGGGAGGAGCUUCUGAAGAGCUUGCUGGUCUACAAGGCCAAGGCCAAGCUCAACAAGGUAUGCGCGGCGAUCAAGGAAGCCCGCGUCGAGCUGCUCCGAGAGACCGACCCUGAGAAGGCAGCGGCAUUGGAAGCGUCUGAUGGGUUUUCGAGUGCGGCCCCCAACAAUGCUCAAUCAUCGGGAACUUCCAAAGCCGUGGCCCGGCCGGCCGGUUCGACAGCCGGAGCUCCAAGCGUACCAUCUACCGCAUCCACCGCGCCGCCUCCGGGGACCGCCCGUUUUGCCUCAGCCAACGACGGUGACUUUUCCCAGGCGACCAAGGCCCUCUACGAUCGAGAGGUUGCCCGUGGAGUGGGCGAAGGCGAGGAGAUUUUUACCGCAGAAGAAGUUGUCCCCGGCAGCCAGAAGCCCCUCUGGGCCGACAAGUACCGGCCUCGCAAACCCCGGUACUUCAACCGCGUGCAGAUGGGUUAUGAAUGGAACAAGUACAACCAAACGCAUUACGACCACGACAAUCCGCCGCCCAAGGUGGUUCAAGGGUACCGGUUCAACAUCUUUUAUCCAGACCUCCUCGACAAGACCAAGGCGCCGACGUUCAAGAUCAUCAGGGAGCAUGGGCGUCGCAAGGGCGAAUCGUUCGCCCCCGCGGGUAAGGAGGAUACUUGCCUCAUCCGUUUCAUUGCCGGGCCGCCAUACGAGGACCUCGCCUUUCGUAUUGUGGAUCGAGAGUGGGAUUAUAGCGCAAAGAAAGAGCGCGGCUUCAAGAGUAGCUUUGACAAGGGCAUCCUGCAACUGCACUUCCAGUUCAAGAAGAUUUACUACCGCAAAUAG